UUGCGUGGCUUUCCUCUGCUUUCCACGACUACUAUUACUCUCGCCACAGAAUCUUUUCCCGUACACACUUGCUCUUCUUUUCCGUCUGGGUGGGUGAUUUCUGAUUCCAAUAGGGAGAAGCGAAAGAUCUUUCCAAAACAAUUUCUGGGAGUUUCUGUACAAACUAAGCGAAUCAACUCUCAUAUUUUCUUACCUUUUUGGGUUUUCGUUUUAAAGUCUUGCCUUCUGGGAAGUAUUUAUUAGGCUCUCUCUUUUCCUCUCAAGUUAAAGCUUCUCUCUCUCUCUCUCUUCCCUCUUCUCUCCGCCCUCUUGCCUCGAGAAAUUCUUGAUGGGUUUCGAGAUUUAAAUAGCAUUUUUGAUACAUUCGCUAUGAGUUCCACCUUUUUGUAACCAGCCUUGUCUCUAAUCUUCUUCUUCACGGCUCUUUGUCUCGCUUUCCUGGACCUGUUUGUUCUGUUUUACUUUUUAGGAAGAAUCUGGUAAGAGGCAAAAGAGGAAAACAUGGACCAAGAUCAAAGUUUCCUGUGCCCGAUCAAAUACACAGAGCACCGAAGCUCUACCAGAAAGCUCACAAAGCCUAGAAAAAACCAAGUAGAGCCACACACUCAGAGGGUCGUACGGAUAUCCAUGACCGACCCGGACGCAACAGACUCAUCCAGCGACGAAGAGGACGAGCUCUACUUCCUCGGCCGCCGGCGAGUAAAGCGGUAUGUGAACGACAUCAACAUCGAGACAAGCUCUAAAACCGAAGGUGUGUUGAAUCAGAAUAAAAGACCUGCCGGAGAGUCGCUCUCAUCCCGCCGGCGGCCACUGAAAGCAGUUCCUGCAAGCGGAAAGAAGUUCCGGGGAGUUCGGCAGCGGCCGUGGGGCAAGUGGGCGGCCGAGAUUCGAGAUCCGGUGAAACGUCAGCGGGUGUGGUUGGGUACUUUCGACACUGCUGAAGAAGCUGCCAUGGUCUACGACAACGCCGCGAUUCAGCUCCGAGGACCUGACGCUUUGACCAACUUUGGCACUCCGCAGAAGGAAGAAAAGCCGGAAGUGAAUGUAGCCUCCAUUUCCGGUUACGAUUCCGGCGAAGAGUCUCAGUCUCACUGUCACAGUCUCUCUUCUCCGACCUCAGUUCUUCAAUACAGAACUCUGUCUAACGAAGAAUCCCAACUGCGAAAACCAGAAAAACAACAACGAAAACAACAAAAACAGGUGGAAGAACCGGUGGGAGAGUUUGAGGAACAGAAACUCGCUGCAGAGGAUGUUUUUCGAGAAUGUCAAGCGGAGACCAGUAUCUCUGAAGAUUCGAGUGGUGAUUAUUUGCAGUUUGAUUUGCCGUGCUUCGAGGAAGUUUUCAAUUUCUCAGGUCAGGACGCCCCAAUACUUUCCGACAUAUUUUCCGGGCCGGAGAUGACUUUCGACGAGCCGAUACCGGGCGAUAUAUUCAACAAUGAUAUGGGUCUUUUGUUCAAUGAUAAUGCAUUCGAAGGUUUCGGUUCCUCGUCGCCGUCGCCGUCGAUGAUGAGCCAAGGAGAAGAUUAUUUCCAAGACAUAUUGUUCGGCUCCGAUCCGCUUGUGGUCCUCUGAGAGUGCUUGUUGCGAGUGACCGACUUUUCGGGACGAGUGCUGUUGCCACCGUUGGGUUGCCGAUUUCUCGGCAGAUUUUGUACCGGUUGCAACAAAAGUAUCGGCUAGUUUUUAUAUAUAGUUAUUUAUUUUUGUUAUGGAAAGAGUAUUAUAAGUGCUAUUUAUUCGUUUAAAUAUCUCCGUUAAAAUUAAAGGAGAUACGAGUGGAGUUUUGUUUUCCUUCUUUUAUAAAGGCUUGCUGAUGAUUGUAUAAUUUUG